AUGGCAGUGAUUGGCGACGCACUCCGGCAGGCGUUCAUGCCGAAGCACGAGUACGAUAAUCUUCGGGAGGAGGAGAAGGCGUGGGCCCGCCUCCAGAGACCACUGGUCGUAGCGCUCGCUUCAGUCAUCUGCUGCGCCAUCCUUGUGUCCGUCUCCUUGAGUAUGAACAUCGUCUUCCCUGGGAAGACGGGUCGUAGGGUAUUCUGCCACGACAAGAGGUUCCAGGCACUGUCUCUGCGGGAAUCUGAUGUUCAUCAAUAUCGAGGAGCAUUCUACCUGACAGACGAUGAAGCAGCAGAAUACUACUGGAUGGUUGUGUUUAUUCCAUCCGCAAUCAUCUUCUUUGCCUCUGUUCUAUACCUUUCCGCUGGUGAGUCUUGAAGCUUUCUCCUUUUGGUUCCCAUGGAUCAAAUGUAGACCUAAUGAUGUUAUUUUCUUUGCAUUGAGCUGAUCAAGAACAAUCUUGUUCUUGGAGGAUUUAUAUCCGCAUUAAACUAGUUUUUUUUCUUCAGUUUGAAUUGGAUGAGAAUUUUCUCACAUGAAUAAAAGAAGAAUUCCUAUUGCUUUCAUUGCAUGUCUGUAAAGCUAUUGAGAAUUUUACUACAUGAGUGGGAAGUACGCGAGUCAGACCGGCUCCUCUCUCCUCUUGAUUUAGCAAUGGUUGAGGGGGAUGAAGACUAUGGAGUUCGUACUCUUGUUGGCACCAAAAUCCUGUCUGAUGACUGUGCUCUCUCUUAUGCUGCUUGUUUCACACAGGUGCAUGGCCCUCCUUUUCCACAGUAGUUAGCUUCUUUACAACAUCACCACCAUCACCAUCGCCAUCAUCAUCAUCAUCAUCAUCCUCUUUUUCUGCUUCCUGACCAACGAGAACAAUAUUGCAGUAUACGUUAUAAGAUAAUGUGCACUUGACAUGAUUUUCGCAUCAGAGUUAUUUGAAGCUUGAGUACUACCAUUACUUUUUACUUUGACAGAAUCCAAAGCGAUCAUUGCUUUAAUAAUUGAUUUGUAGCUCAAUCCCAUAGCAAGUUUCUCCUCUUCCAGCCUCUUCUGCUGUUUUCGAUAUUAGACCGUUUGAGAAAAGGUUUAUUAUGUUCUAUAGGGAUUUGUGGCUCAUCAAAUGAUACUCCUUCCUCCCGUUUGUUGCUCCUGGUCAAAUGCCUGAUCUGAAUCUGAGACUAAGAUAAUUAUACAUUAUGUUUACAGGAUGAAUAUGGCAGGUACAAAAUCGCUUUGUAGGUGUUUCAACCUGGGGUUUCCACUGGACCUGCUAGUGAACCUUAUGUUUCUUAGGAUCUUGAACGUAAGUGGCUGAUCUUGCUGGCAGGGGUGGGUACUGAUGGAUUUUCACGGGCUCAUGUAAAUUUAUGGUGAUGAACUGAAGAAGAUCAGGACACAAAUGAAUCAGCGUAGACUUUUAUUGAAAGAAGUGCCACAUCUGGGAGAUGAGAUACAAAAAAAACAUAGAAAAUCAGAAAAUAGAAAUAAAUAUCAGAGGCUAUUACGAUAAAGCUGAAAUUAACAUAGAUUUUCAACUUUGUUGGGUCCGUUCUUGCAGACCUUUCAAAAUAUUUACUACUCUUAGAAGUGUUAAAAAUUGAUUGGAUGAUGUAAGAGUAAGCAAGAUCAUUUCCUAUAUUAAUAGCUCAGACUGAUGUAUCGUUCAUUAUAGACAGAAUAUGUUGGGGGUUCAGGUUUUGCGCAAUCCUUUGGAAGGGACAUAACCAGUUUUCUCUUGUAUCCUGGCUGUGUCUUCACUGCAACUGCGUAAGAUGACACUAGAUUAUCUCGUUUCAGCCUCAAAUAACCAUGCCAAGGGACACAACCAGUUUUCUCUUGUAUCCUGGCUGUGUCUUCACUGCAACUGCGUAAGAUGACACUAGAUUACCUCGUUUCAGCCUCAAAUAACCAUGUCACAUGCACUUUGUAGGAAUGUCCAUUGCUUAUUCUGGUUCAUCAAGACACUCGUGCUUGAAGGUGGUGGAAAAUAACUACUGUGCGUCAAAAAGAGGUAAUAUUCUUUCUUCAUUGCUACACGAUCUUCUUCUAUCUUGAUCUUUGGCUCAUUGAUGGUACUUAGGUCCUGAAGCGUCAUGCAUCCAUCUUAGAGAACAACCCCAGCAUCAUGUACAAAAAAGCUUAGUUCAGACAAUCUUGGGUACUUUUUUGUGGUUCUGCUGAUUAUUACUGCACAAGGAAGUCAACGGGUUGGAAGUUUCUCCAAUGAGAAUACGUUAAUAGCGGAUCUCAUGGACCAUCUCUCAAGAAAGUCUUGAUCUUUGGCUCAUUGAAGGUACUUAGGUCCUGAAGCAUCAUGCAUCCAUCUUAGAGAACAAUCACAGCGUCAUGCCAAAAAAAGCUCAAGCUUAGUCUAGACAAACUUGGGUACCUUUUUUGUGGCUCUGCUGAUUAUUACUGCGCAAGGAAGUCAACGGGUUGGAAGUUUCUCCACAGAAAUUAACUAAAUAGUGGGUCUCAUUGAUCAUCUCUCAAGAAAUUCCUCAGAGUUUUACGUGGCCUAAUAAGUCUGUUGUUAAUAAUUGGUCUAGUCACAGAGACUCUAAUAUACUUAAAUUACUGUUUUCUUGACACGCUCCCCAAUGUUCUACAUGGUUUAUUUCUUUGGUUCAAUAAAUCUGCAUCCAUUCAUGUUAUUAAUCAAUCGAAUCCAUCAGUGGGGUCAGAAAUUUCCCCCAUGAAAUUACAUCGAGGACAAUUCCUCAAAGUCUUACCCGGUCAGAUUUCUUUAGUUCAGUUAACUUUGCAUCCGUCAUUAUUAAUAAUAAUCUAUCGAAUUCGAUAAUUGUAUGGAAGUUUCCCGGAUGAAAUUACACCAACAGCAGAUCUUCCCGCUGGACUUUUUCUCGGGAUGUUCCUCAGAGGUCAACGGGGUCUAUUAUUAAUCAGUCGAAUUCAUCAGUCGGACCUGUUCUUGAGAUGUUCCUGCAGAUUAUCAUAUCUAUGACUCUGCAUCUGCCGAUAGAAAUAAGUUCAUCAAUCGAUGGUUUCUCCUCUGCUUGGGUCAUCUCUAACAGUGGCCUCUCCAUUUCUGUACAGGCGGGGUCCGCUGCCUCUCGAUCCUCAACGUGAUCUUCGCCGUGGUCUUCGGCCUACUUGGCUUGUUUCUUGGCUCGAGCCUGCUCACGCUGGGAAGCAGCUGCUCCGUGCCCCUGUUCUGGUGCUACGAGAUCUCCUCGUGGGGGCUGGUGGCCCUCUACGGCGGCACCGCCUUCUUCCUGAGGAGGAGGGCGCCGGGGAUGCUUGACAAGGGCGACCUCCCCGGCCGGAGCUUCGGGUUGGAGAUGCUGGGGCCGGCGCAGGAGCUCUCUCCGGAGAUGGAGAGGCGGGUGAACGAAGGCUUCAAGGCCUGGAUGGGCUCGUCCCUCCUCUCCUCGGAAGAAGAAGAAGAGGAAGAAAAAGAAGAAGAUGAUGGCCCUGGAGACGACACCGACCAUGAGAUCCCAUGA